AUGCAUGGGCUUUUCGGCUCGAAGCAGAAUAACCACAGCAUCAGUAAGGCGUUAGCAAGAGACUUAAACAGACCAGUUUACACACUCGACCUCAGAAACCACGGCGAAAGUCCACACACCCCACAGCACAACUACGAAGCCAUGGCAGGGGAUGUAGAACACUUCCUGAAGGAAAAUAAACUAGGCCCUAAAACCGCUCUGAUCGGCCACUCAAUGGGCGCCAAAACCGCCAUGACCAUAGCCCUCCGCAAGCCCUCCAUAAUCUCCUCCAUAAUCGCCGUCGACAACGCGCCCAUCGAGGCGGCCCUUCACUCCUCCUUUGGCGGGUACGUGCGCGCGAUGCGCAAAAUCGAGGACUCCCACCUCGCGGAGGCGAAAGCGGCAGACGCCAUCCUUGCGGAAGUGGAGCCCGAUAUCGCCAUCCGCCAGUUCUUGCUGCGCAACCUCGUGCGUGGCGACGGUGGUCGUCUCAGCUUCCGCAUCCCGGUGAGGACGCUGGCAAGGGAGCUGGAUAACAUGGCCACCUUCGCCUACCAUCCCGAUGAGGUCCGGUUCGAGAAGAGGGCGCUCUUCGUGCGCGGGACGCGGAGCCCGUAUAUCCCCGACGAGGCAAUCCCCGUCAUUGGGAGGUUUUUCCCCCUGUUCAGGUUGAAGGAUAUCGAUGCGGGGCAUUGGGUGAUAUCCGAGAAGCCGAAUGAGUUCAAGGAAGCUGUCAUUGAAUUCUUGAACGAAGAGGAAUAGCAAUAACCCCCCCCCCAAAAAAAAAAAAAAGUUCCCAGGCUUGGCCCAUAGUAUACGGCCACGAGUCGCCGAUGGUGUAAGUUAUAGAUCGUCGAAGGCACAAUAGACCAAAUUAAUAAAGAAAGCGGAUAUCCCC